GGAAGUGACUGGAUUACACGCGGCUAAUCCCAUUAUGAUGCGAUGGGGGCCUCCGGUCUGGAGGGAUUAGAAACCAAAAAAAUGCUGGAGCUCCAGGACGGGACCAGCAGCAGACUGGGUGACUGUACCGACUGACACUGAUACUGACACUGAUGGCAUGUGUAAACGGUUUGGAGGACAGCGCCACCGGCCGACAAGGGAGGGCAGACCUGGAGGUGCACUGAGAUGCUGCAACUUCAGCUCCUGCGACAAAAGGAACAGAAUCAAAUCCUCAACUGGUCCGGCGUCUCUUCCUCAAUCUGCGGCAGUCUCAGUUGCCGCCAUGGCGUCCGUGGCUCUGGAGCUGAUGGGCUUCUUCCUGGGCCUGCUGGGAAUGCUGGGCACGAUGGUGGCCACCGUGCUCCCGUACUGGCAGAUCUCCGCCCACAUCGGCUCCAACAUCGUCACGGCGGUGGCCAACAUGAGGGGCCUGUGGAUGGAGUGCGUCUACCAGAGCACGGGGGCCUUCCAGUGCGAGACCUACAACUCCAUGCUGGCCUUGUCCUCCGACCUGCAGGCCUCUCGGGCCCUCAUGGUCAUCUCCCUCGUGCUGUCUAUAGUCGCCAUCGCCAUGGCGGCCCUCGGGAUGCAGUGCACGAUCUGCUUGGAGGGCGGCGGCACGGUAAAGAGCCGCGUGGCCGGCGCCAGCGGGGUGUUGUUCCUCACCGCGGGCUUCUUGUCGCUCAUCCCGGUGUCGUGGACCACGCACGAGGUGGUCGACACCUUCUACCGACCCAACGUGCCUUCCAGCAUGAAGUUUGAGCUCGGCGAGUGUCUGUACGUGGGUCUGGCCUCCGCGCUCAUCUCCAUGCUGGGCGGGGGGAUGCUGUGCGUGUCGUGCUGCGAGGCGCACGACGGCGGCGGCCGUGGCAGACGGCACGCCGGAGGAUACCCGUACCCGGUGGGAGUAGUCGGCGCACCGGGCGCAGGUGCACGGACGACCUCGCAGACCUACCGCAACCCCAUCCUGCAGGUAGGGAGCGCCAACGCGGCCAGCAGGGGGCAGACGCUGGUCCACAGUACCAGUCACAGCUCCCAGUCCUCAGCACACGGAGUCCAGGGGGGCGCCAAGAAGCCCGCCGCGGCAGGAUAUGACAUCACAGGAUACGUCUGAGGUUACCGUCACUCCAUCAGACCUUGAAACGCCUGAUGACUUACAUGUAUUUAUGUAUUCAAUCAAACGGGACAAAUUAAAUAUGUACAAGUGAGUCGACUUAUCACUGUGUCCUUUUUAACCCUUGAGCCUCACUAGGAAACAGUUAUAUCUUUUUGUUUUUAUUUUGUUUUGAUCAUUUUAAAUGCAUAUGGUAGUUUUUUAUGUGUCAAAAUACAGACAAUGUCCUCAUUGAAAAUCUAAAGGUUUAGUUUUGACUAUUUUCCACCUGAUUUAACUUGGUUUGCCCAACGGUUCCUGGUUUCCUGCACAAAAAGUUAAUUUAAAGAAAAUGCAUCAAAAUCAAUGUUGUUGCUAAUCAUUGACACAUUGUGAAUAAUAAAAAAUCAUCACGUUUUGUGUCUUUUUUAUACAAACAACAGUGGAAUUAUGUAAACAGAGUGUCACCUAAAGGGUUACACUUCUGAAAAUGUAAGAAUAUUUGGCAGUUAUGUUCACGACUGUUGUUGAUUGAAAGAUUUAACUCAGUGGAAGUGGAAAGUAAUAUUAAAAUAUGAAACCUUUGUGAGGCACAAUGGUGAAGCUUCUUCUAAAGUUUUGUUGAAUUCAGUGAAAUUGUGGCGAUUUCUUCUUGACUCGGACCUGUCUGUCUUGACUUGGGACUUGACCCGGACCUGUCUGUCUUGACUUGAGACUUGACCCGGACCUGUCUGUCUUGACUUGAGAUUUGACCCGG